AACCUCUGCCGUUUCACCACCAUGAAAAGAGGCAGGAAAAAUGCAGCAGCAGAACCAGGAAGCUACAUGGAAAUACCAACGGAAGACCAAGGAGAAAUUGGACGGGGAAGGGACGAGGACCAGGCUUAAAUUUGUUUUGCAUUAGCUUGUGGUGUGAUCUUUCUUUUGUUUGUUAUUCAAUUGCAUUUGGUAUUCUUUCUUUCCUGUGAACAUGUGAAAGCAGCAAACUUUUCCUUUCAUCAUCCUGCUAGUUUAGUACUAGUAUUUCAUGCUCUUCUGGUGUAACAAAAUGUUCUUUUUUUC